AUGGGAGUAAGUACCGUUGGUCCAGCACUUGCAUUUAUUGGUGGAGGAUAUUUGUUGACAAUAUGGGGAGAUAUUGGAAAGUCUAAUUACCUAGACCUCAGCAUCAAUGGCCCAUCGGAUCCACGGUGGUAUGGCGCGUGGUGGAUAGGAUUUCUGGUUGCUGGCCUUGCUUCCUUUAUUACUUCGUUGCCGCUGUGUAUGUUCCCAAAAAAACUGAACGACACGGAUGAGCGCAAAAAGAAUGAUGUCGUACAAACUCAUGUCAAACUCAAUGUUGACUUCUCUGGUGACAAAUUUGCAUAUUUCAAAAUUUUCAAGGUAUGA